AUGGCCAACGUCGAUAUCGGCCGCUACAGCAAGCGCCUGGUCCAGUACUUUUGGGAUCCGCUCCCCAGGAACGAAGAAGCCUCUCCCAUAUGGUGUCUCGGAAGACCCUACGACUCCAAAUCCCGCCCCUCCUCUCCCAGCGAAGAUGCUACCGACCGCCCUGCGCCGCCGCUAUCCGUAUCGCACGGCUCCACCACCUCGUCUCGCUCGGCAACUGGUGACGGAACCAGUCAGAACAGCAGUGAGGAUGAGAGUGCCCGGGCGGCUGACGCUUCGUUGGAUGCGGACAACGAUGGUGGCUGGCCUGCACCGUUCCUAGACGACUUCGAGGCCCGCUUCUGGCUUACUUAUCGCUCCAACUUCGCAGCCAUACCCAGGUCUCAGGACCCAAACGCUGCCAACGCCAUGAGCUUUGGCGUGCGCCUCCGCAGCCAACUCAGCAACCAAACCGGGUUCUCUUCUGAUACUGGAUGGGGUUGCAUGAUCAGGUCCGGGCAGAGUCUUUUGGCAAAUGCCCUGCAGGUGCUUCGCCUGGGGAGAGACUGGCGGAGAGGCCUUAAUCCACAAGAAGAGCGGCAGAUCCUUUCCUUGUUCGCUGAUGAUCCAAAGGCCCCGUUCUCCAUCCACCGCUUUGUCGAGCACGGUGCAGCAGCUUGCGGAAAGCACCCAGGCGAAUGGUUUGGCCCAUCAGCCACCGCGAGAUGUAUUCAAGCUCUUACGAACGGACACGAGGAGGCUGGUCUUCGCAUAUACAUCACUGGCGAUGGAUCGGAUGUCUACGAAGACAGUUUCAUGAAAACAGCAAAGGACCAGAAGGGUUUCUUCCGGCCGACCAUGGUUUUAGUUGGUAUCAGGCUGGGCAUUGACCGCGUGACUCCAGUAUACUGGGAAGCUCUGAAGGCAUCGCUGCAAUUACCCCAGUCGAUCGGUAUUGCUGGUGGCCGUCCGUCGGCUUCUCAUUACUUUGUCGGCGUACAAGGCUCCAAUUUCUUCUAUCUCGAUCCGCACAACACUCGGCCCUUCCUCCCGCUCCAUUCCGAUCUUGCAGAUUAUACCCAGGAAGAUGUGGACUCUUGCCAUACGCGUCGCCUACGCCGUUUGCAUAUAAAGGAAAUGGACCCGUCGAUGCUGAUAGCGUUUCUCAUUCGCGACGAGGCGGACUGGAGAAGCUGGAGAAAAGCCGUCACCGACGUGCACGGCAAACCCGUUAUUCAUGUGGCCGAUUCUGAGCCCAUUAUCCACGGCGGCCAGGAACGUGAGGGUGCGAUCGACGAGGUUGAGGCGUUUGACGACGAAGACGAAGGGUUGCAAUGA